ACAUGGCUCUUGCUCCCAAGUUCGCUGGACAGGCUCUUUCCAGCAGCCUCGGCUCCAAUCACACCCUGGAACUAUAAGCAAUUCGACACCUUCUACAAAGAUGUCGCCCCUAUCAUUGAGCAGAAGUACUCGAACAACCUGCAAGUCAUCUUCCGCCAGCAGAUCCAGCCAUGGCACCCUUCAUCCACUCUAGUCCAUGAGGCGGCUGUUGCAGUCCUAAGAGCCGAUCCUUCCAAGUUCUGGCCCUUCUCUGCUGCUUUGUUCGACAAGCAGACCGAUUACUUCGAUGUCAAUGUUGUCAACGAGACCAGAAACCAGACUUACAAGCGCCUUGCCAAGCUUGCCGCUACUGUCGGUCUGGACGAGAGCAAGAUCUACAAUCAGCUCGAGAUUUCUGACAAGCCUGGUCCCGACGGAAGUCUAAACUCUGGCAACCAGGUGACCAACGAUUUGAAGUUACUUAUCAAGGCCGGUCGAUUGGUCGGCGUUCACGUCUCACCUACUGUUAUGUUUAACGGACUCAACGAACCAAGCAUUUCGAGCAGCUUCACGAAGAAAGACUGGGAGGAGUGGCUGCAGAAGAACGUUGUUUGA